AUGUCAGAUCGCAAAGACAGUGAGAAGGGCUCAGGAGAGCUUUGUCGAGAGCCGCAAGACCUGUCUCUUUCAGCAGAUAAUGACUUCUCACGUGUCUCAGGCGCUUCUGGCCCAUACCAUCCUCUCAAAUUCAUGGAGUUUCCUCGCGAGAUUCGCAACGCCAUCUACAAACAGAGUCUCGCCUACCCAGACGGAGUGUUCAUCAUCGGAAGCAACCACUGCAUCGAGCGAGGCCGCCGCCGAGCCGUUCUCGGCCACAGGCUGAGCCCCUUCAUGCCCCUAUCCGGGUAUACCGCCGAGUUCUCGGCCUCCACUCGAAACCUGGCGAUCCUUCGCACGAGCAAGACCAUAUCCGCCGAGGUAGGCAAGAUCCUGUACGGCGAGCCACUCGUCUUCACCGAGAUGGUGGCUCUGCAGAGCUUCCUGACCGGCCUCAGCCAGGAGAAGAUCAGCCUGCUGCGCCACGUGGCCGUCGACGACGACGUUUUCGGCAUCUACGACGGCCAGCAGGAUGUUAUGCCGAGCGUCUUUGCUCUCCUGAAGGACGCUGGCGGCCUGGAGAACCUGCGCAUCCCCGCCAUCGUCCCCAUCAGGGCCGUGUUCCGGACCUGCAUUGACGGUACCCACGACGCUACAGACGAUACGAUCGGCGUCGCCUGUUUCGACCCCGUGCUUGCGAGGAACUUGGCUGCCGAAGUUUAUAGCCGUACCUACACCUAUCUCCGGGUCGCAGUUUCAGCUCGCGGCAUCGACAAGGUCAUGGAGGUGCUGCGGGCGUUCGAGGAUACCUAG